CAACGGUUUAGCAAAUCCAAGAGAUUUCUUAACACCGACCGCUUAUUAUGAGGACAGACUCUGCGACUAUAAAGUUGUCAAUAAGUUUAUGGGAAAGUUAUUUGUGGCACAACAACAGCACAGCCCUUACGAUGUGGUCUCUUGGCAUGGAAACUAUGCACCAUAUAAAUAUGACCUCGCUAACUUUAUGGUCAUUAAUUCUGUCUCAUUCGAUCACGCCGAUCCAUCAAUCUUUACAGUACUAACGUGUCCAUCGGUUAAGCCGGGGGUUGCGAUCGCAGACUUUGUAAUAUUCCCGCCCCGUUGGGGAGUGUCUGACCACACAUUCAGACCCCCAUAUUAUCACCGCAAUUGCAUGAGUGAGUUCAUGGGUCUCGUGUACGGCUCAUAUGAGGCCAAAGAAGGAGGCUUUAGACCCGGGGGCGCGAGUCUGCACUCAAUGAUGACACCCCACGGACCUGACGUCGAGUGCUUCCAAAAGGCAACCAACGCUCAACUCAAUCCACAGCGAGUGGCCGACGGG